GGCAGCAGCCCACACACCCCAUGUACAAGCACUCUUCUUUUACUUUAUUCCUCCUGGAGGUCCCUGUAGUGAUCUUCCACUACAGCCACAGCAAACAUGAAAAGAACAAAUGCCUUCUGGAUCUUGAUGCUUCUUCUCCUGGUGCUCCUGGGUGUGGCAGAGACUACAGACCCUUUGUCAGAUUUGGAAAAUACUGCUGGGAAGCUGGUUUUCUAUCAGACAGAGGGAAAUGCCACCUAUGUGAGAGACAUGGGAGAUCUGGCAUCAGAUGUUCCCACAGAGACCAUGUUUGAACUCUUUGAUCCACAGAGGAAUUUCAGCACAUCUGAAUUCACCUAUACGUGGGAUUUAGGCAACGGAGAAGUGAUCCAGGGGACAGAGCCGGUUGUCCGUUACCAUUACCCAGAAUCAGGGAACUACACACUGCGGCUAAAAGUGGUCAAUAUGACCAAAUACGCUCCCGCGAUCACUGGGGUCUACUCCACAGAAGUUCAAGUGCUCGAUGCCAUCAAAAACAUCGAGCUGAAGAGCCCUUCAGAUUACGAGAUGUCUCAGGACUCCAGUUUGGCUGUUCAUGUCGAUGGAAGUCCUCCGAUGUGGGUGUGCUGGCGCUUCCUGCCCUACUGUGUGCCGGACCUGGGGGGCUGCACACUGACCAUGCUGUAUGAAAACACCCUGAGGCUGAACCACACCUUCACCUCGGCCGGCGUCCACUGCCUGGAUAUUAGUGUCCGCAAUGAAAUCAGCAAACUGCAGACCUCCUUCAGUCUCUAUGUCAAGAGAAACAACAACCCUCACCUCUUCUUCAUGCUGUCAUGUGCUGCUGUUCUCAUCGCCACUUUCUCCUUCAUUGCAGUCAUCGCCUGCCGCAAGAGAACACAGAUUCCUGCGUCCAGUCACGCUGUAUACCUGAAGAAUCCAGAGUCAGACGACCGGAGCGCGAUUCUCUUUAAAUUCUCCAAGAUGGAGAGAGGAGAGAAAGAGCCGCUGCUCCUGCAGUAUGGGACUCAACGCUUCUCCUAACCACCACAGAUCCAGAGGCUGCUACAUGCACAUAUAUAUACAUUUGGUAGCAGGAAAUGCACAACUAUGUCUUUAUAGAAGCAAUAAUCACUUUCCUCUUGACACAUAUCAACAUGUUAUAGAUUUAUACCUCUGUGGAUCAGUACACAACACAUUGUCUAAUCUGUGUUUCAGCAAGACAAAUACUGUCUGUGUUGUCCUUAUAAGAUAUGUUGAUCAAUUAAUGAGGCACUGAGCUUGAAGGUUGACAUUCACUAGAACUCAUAAUAAUUUAAUAGCUCAACUAUAGGUUGUUGUGGAAAAUCUGCUGAUCAAUGGUCAUUGUCAGUGAAGAAAGCGUUCAGGAGCCCUUUGACGUCUUAUGCUGAAAUAUUUAUUGAAGCUUGGCCAAGGAGAAAAUCAGAAUUCAUCCAUACAACAUCUGUGCAUGAUGCUAUCUCAUAUUCUGAAGUCUGCUUUCCUCUAGUCCCACUUUAAACCCGAACAGAUCCUUUAAUAUAUGGGUGUGCUCGUUCCUCAACAAUCAAAUGUAUUUUCUAGUUAUGGAGACAGUAGUGCUGCUUACGCAGUCUCAUAUCUGUGAUGUAUAGGGAGUGAAGGCUUUGACCUUCGCCAAGCUCUCGCACUUCCCAAAAACAACAGACAUGGUCAUGUUUAAACAAUGAGUGUUAAUUUAAGCAUCCUGUCAAUGCACUAGACUAUUCUCUUUUAUCAUGUUUCCUUUCAUAUAGAUGUAUACAUUUGUCUUUGCUUUGCUUUCAAAUGAAGAAUAAAACAUAUUUCCUUUGUAGCAACGCUCAGUUUUGAUCUUUGACAAGUGGAAACCAGAGGCUGCACAUUUGAAGAGGGCCAACUCAUCAGUGUAACAAAUGUGCAGAACACACUCACACACACUAGCCGCAGCUAUCACUGCUACAAAGACGAGUUUUUUUGGGUGAGCUGGAAUGCUAACACGGAGGAGGCUGGUGAUUUUCAGCCUGUCGGACGCACGAAUUGAAUCAUCUAGUGUCAAAGCGACUGAGGAAGGGCAGGAUUGGGUCACAGGCUGAUGUAUCAGAUCAGACUUGCAUAUUUAGGAUUGCUUAAGCUUCAGACCUUAUAGGGUUGCCACUUUAAUGAAUUCUGUGUAUAAAGGUUAGGUGUAAUAAGCCCCCUCAUCUGCCUACACUGUAAAAAUUGAUUAUGUAGAACAAAAUAAACAGA